AUGCCCCACGCCGUGUCGAUGCCCGCAACCGGGCUUCAAGCUCUCAUUCUCUGCGGGCCUGGAUCAUCCUUUCCGACCUUUACGUCCAAUCCCGAUGAGUGUCCCAAGGCGCUCUUACCAAUCGCCAACAGGCCGAUGGUGUGGUAUCCCAUCGACUUUUGCCUUCGCAUGGGCACGACAAGCAUCACGCUGAUAUGUCCCCCCUCUGCAUCGGAGGCGCUCACCACUGCCUUCAACACAAACCCAUUCCUCACCGGCCUGCCUUUGCCACGGCCGGACAUCUUGGCCCCGGCUGGUCUUGAUCAAAACACCGGCACUGCCGAGAUCCUGCGCUUGCCAGAGGUCCGGGAGCUAGUCAAGACAGAUUUCAUCAUUCUACCCUGCGACCUUGUCUGUGAGCUCGCCGGCGAGAAGCUCAUCCAAGCUUGGAUGGUCAAGGCGGCAAGCCUGACUGACCUUCUCGACUCCUCAAACUUCUCCAACGGCUGGCAAUCUCGGCACAGCGGGGGGCUGGGGGUUUGGUACAACACAAAAGCGACGUCGACGGCGGCGGUGCAGGGUGAGGAGACCGACUUCAUAGCCACGGCGCCUCUAUCCUGGUCGCCGGCCGCGUCGCCAAAAGGCUCCGUCUUUCAGAACCUGUCCAAGCUGGUGUAUUCGAUUCCAACAGACUCUCUGAAUGACAUCGUCGAGGAGCGAAAGGCACUGCCGAUUCGGCACAGUCUUCUGAAGAGCAAUCCUCGGGUGCGCAUGUACACAGCUCACAGAGACGCUCAUAUAUACAUCUUCCCGCGCUGGAUUCUGGACUUCAUCGAGGCGAAUGACCGCCUGGAUAGCAUCGGUGAAGACGUCGUUGGUUGGCUAGCCAAGGCAGGAUGGCAACGUGGCUUGGCCGAGAAGCUUCACAUCGACACAUUGUGUCAUGGCAGGCCUUCCAAGGACCAAGACGGUUCAUCCACGGAGAGCCGAUCCUCGCCGCGAGAUGGGAGCCCUGUUGGUCGCUUCACGUUCAAGGGGCAUACUCUGGUGGCACCUGCCAUUGCCGAAGCCCAGCAGACUCAAGCCAAGGAUGGCCACUCGACGGGUGCGGCGGAAAUCGAGGUGCCUCCCAUUCUUGCUUACAUCCACACCACCGAGAACCAGGCAAACCCACCUUUGAUCCGACGAGUCGAUACAGCACAGCUGCUGUUGGCAACGUCCCUCCAGCUUGCCAAGCUUCCGUCUGUUGAGGAGGCCGGCGAGGCGGCCUCGCCCUUUGCCCACGCGAGGAAAAUCGCCUACCCUGAAGGAGUGAAGUCGCGCACGACAAUCACCAAGCAGGACAGCCUCAUCGCGGAAAACGUCACGGUGGAAGAAAAAACAUCCAUCAAAGAGACAAUAGUGGGGGCAAGGGUCGUCGUGGGAAAAGGCUGCAAGCUCAGCAAAUGCAUCCUGGGUAAACGAUGCGUCAUCGGCGACGGAUCCGUCCUGACGGACUGCGAGGUGCAAGAAAACCUGCUGGUUGAACCACGGACCGAGGACAAGGACAACAAGCUCAUGAGCUCAGAGGGUCUAGAGGCCACCGAGGCCGAGAUGGAAGAGGUGCUGCAUGAGGUGGAUGAGGAGGUUGCCGCAGUUACCCUAGAGGCAACAGUCGCCCUCUAG